AUGGGGUCCAAAAGUGAACAGCUUGAGCUGACGCAAGUUGGUUUGUUGAAGAGAGAAAGCGGCAAGAAGUCCAAAGCAUUCUGGGUUUCUGGCCUAGCAGCACUAUGCCUCUUCGUGCUCGCCGGGUUUUGGCGUGGUGAUAGCCCACACCAUGCGCUGCUCGGCGUCUGGAACCGCCUGUCCUCCCACAAGUCAGACAGACUCACCCGCAAGUACACCAUUCAAUCGGGAGUUAGAUGGAUGAAUCAAGAUGGCGGUCGCUGGAGAGUCAUGUUCGUGUGCAACGGCCAGUCGCCCUGCCCCACGCUGCACGCAGAGGAGGGCGACCUCGUAGAGUUGACUGUAAAGAGCGACGUCUAUGCGCAGUCAUCAAUUCACUGGUCUGGAAUUGGACACAAAGGAACCGGUAGUUGGAACGAUGGUACCGCCGGCAUUUCGCAGUUCCCCAUCUUGCCUCGUGGCAACUUCACCAGCUUGAUUGACACCGCCGGCUCCUGGGGCCUGAACUGGCCAUACCGCCUCAUCACCAACGACGAGAUUGAGCUGCGUAAGAUCAUGGAAGCCGAGAAGGAGGCUCACCAUUUGGCCAUCAAAAACCACCAGCACCGUGACACCGGCUGGAAGAUGCUGCGUAUGCGAGCUGAAGGUUCCGAAUUCUAUUGUUAUGACUCGAUCAUUGUCAAUGGCAAGGGUCGUGUUCACUGCCGUCAGCCGGGUUUCGAGACGCUGAACGGCCACAACCUGGACGAGACUGGUUGCAUUCAACCUGCCGGACUGCCGCAAGAGACGUGCACACCUAGCAAGGCUGACUAUGAGGUCAUUGAGACUGAAGGCCGAGCCUACGUCAUGCUGAACUUGAUCAACAUUGGCUUCGAGCACUCCGUCAUGGCGUCUAUUGACAGCCACAGAAUGAUAGUCGUGGCCAACAACGGAGGCUUUGUCAUUCCUGAAGAGACGGACAAUGUCAGCAACCAUGUUCCUAACGCUUUCAAGGUCGUGUACAUUCCCAGUGCAGGCCGUGUCACCGUUUUAGUCAAGUUGGACGCUAAGCCGGGCGACUAUGCCCUGCGACUUUCGUCUACAAGUCAAAUGCAAAACCUCCAGGGCUACUCAAUCCUUCGAUACCCCGCAAGCCGGCGUCCUAUCUACGGCGAACCCAUGGAACUCCCCCAGCCGGAGUCCUUAGAUGAUGUCUGCGUCCUCCCUGAUAGCUCCACAAAGAAGCAUUGCAAGACUACUUCCGGCCUCUUCCUCCCUCCCUACCCCGCGUUGCCGCCGCCCAAGGCCAAGAAGUCCCGCCCAGCAUCUGCGGACUUCACCUUCCACCUUGCAGCUGGCUCCCAACCUUCUCUGACGGAGCCGCAUGUGCCUGAAUACUUCCUCAACGAGAGGCCUUGGCAGCUUUUCCGCUCUUCUCUAACUCCUUUACUCUUCCACGAGUUCAACUCAAGCUCAGAGGCUUCCCUUGGAAAGCCGGUCAUCGACGGCAUUCCCAUGGGUAGCGUCGUCGAUCUAAUCAUCGAGAAUCAGCUUAAUGACACCAUCCCGUUGUACAAGCACGCCGAUCCUGCAUGGCUUCUUGGUGUGAGCUCCAACGCGAAGUUCCCCUACACUAGCAUCGAAGAGGCAGUUGCUGCGGACAAGAAUAUUGCAUCCGCCCUGAACCUGGAGGAUCCUGGACUAGUCACGGUCCACGACUUGCCGCCCCUGGGAUGGAGUGUGCUUCGCUUCAAGGUGACGACCAAGGCCGCGACGAUGAUUCAUGCCGUCAAGCUUAGGUACUUUGCGCUUGGCAUGUCAGCGCCCAUCAUGGAGGGUAUCCUUCCCACAGACCCGGCUAACUAUCCGACCUUCGCUGCGAAUCAGCCUCACGUCGACUUUGAGCCUAAGAAUGAUGGUGUUUUUGGGUAA